UUUGAAAUCUUAUUUUUCAUUGGCCGAAACCAUUGUAUUUCCUACGUGGCACUCUAAUGUUGGAUUAAUGUUUGAUUUUGGAUUGAAUUUUAUUUUAUUAUUUUAGAUUAGUGUUUGAUUUUGGAUGAAUUUUAUUUUAGAUUUAGUUUUUAAUUAUUAGAGUGUUUGAUUUUAGAUGGAGUUGUAUGUAUUAGUAAUUACUUAGUUAAAAUAUCUACGUGGCACAUAUUUAAUUACCUACAUGGCACUCGAUUUUUUAAUUCAAAAAUAAAUUAGAAAUCUUAUUUUUCAUUGGCCGAAACCAUUAGUAAUCUUAGGUGGCCGAAACCAUUAGUAUUAGAUUUCGAAAUUAACAUUUUCUGUUUUAUUUUUCAUUUUUUUUCUCGGAUUAUAAAUUACUUUGUUUGUAUAUAAGAAAACAAAAUAAUUUUAAGUUUGGGGCAUUUGGUGAAAUAAGUUUAAUAAUAGGGGUCUGUGGUGAAAUAAAUUUUAAAAAAGGGGCAUUUGGUUAAUUAUGAAACUAGGCUAACGACGGACUAACGGACCGUUAUCAGUAAGGGUAUUUUAGGCAUUAAGUCAAUUGUCAGGGGUAUUUGGUAAAUUAUUGGAACUUGAUAGGCAUUUGGUGAAUUAUUUCAAAACUUAGGGGUAUUUCAUGAAAUAUCCAGUAAGAAUAGGAUGAGUUUUGUGUGAAUCUGGAUAAUAAAAAAAUUAGUGAAAAACUGCUGUGGCAUAAUCUGAAGAUUGGAGGUGAGUUUGGGGAUAAACUCACCCUAAUACCUUAAUUAAAGGUUCAAACUUUGGCUCCAGCAAAACAAUAAUAGUUUUGGAGCUUAGAAUACGACACAAUAAUUUGUUGUAUUUCCUUGUCUUUCAAUAGAGAAAGAAAGCCGGUUAAUAUAAGACUUCCACUACCUUAUUAUUACUACAGUCUACAGACUAGAGCCCUAUUUUGGGUCCAUAAUUUUUCACUACUUGUCCAUAAACUACUCUCUUUAUCCUUGCCCUCUUCUUCUCUGAGACAUGGAGGGAGGAAGUGUUAGUAUAGACUCGUCAUCAUACAUGAUCCCCGACAUUGAAACGCCUCCGUACCUUCCACCAUCAAUGCUGAAAAAACGUGUAAACUGGGAUGUAUUCUUGAGCUUCAGAGGGGAGGACACCCGUUACAACUUCACUAUGCCACUACGUGACGCUCUGGUAGCCAAGGGCUUAAGACCUUUCAUGGAUGACAAAGGCAUGGAGAGAGGGGAUACAAUACAGCCAACCCUAGAGGAAGCUAUCGUGGACUCCGCUCUCGCGGUGGCCAUUAUAUCUCCUAAGUACGCUGACUCACGGUGGUGCCUUCACGAGCUUUCUCGAAUCUUCGAGUGUCGUAAACGGGUCAUACCCGUUUUCUAUGACGUCGACCCGUCUGAUAUUCGGAGGCAACGAGGGGAGUUUGGUAGUGGGUUUCAGAAGCUGCUCAAUGAUGAUUUCAAGAAGUUUAGUGAAGACGAGGUUGCCAGGUGGAGGAUUGCUUUAAAGUCUGCCGGCAAUACAUCUGGUUAUCCGGCCAAGUCUAGUGAUGAACCUGAAGAACUUAUACGACAUAUAGUUGAACAAGUGUGGAGUGAAUUAAAGAAUAAUCCAGAGUAUGUGGUUAAACAUGAAGUUGGUUUGGAUUCUCGUGUUGAUCAAGUGGUUAAAAUGUUAGAUAUUCAGUCGAAUGGUGUUCGGUUUCUUGGUAUCCACGGCACUCCUGGAAUAGGCAAGACAACCUUGGCUAAAGCUGUCUUCAAUAAGCUCGUUGUAAGCUUCAAGAACCGUUGUUUCAUUCCCAAUGUCAGAGAACAAUUAUCUAAUCAACAAGGUCUUUUAAGUGUUCAGAACAAACUCAGAAGUGAUCUUCCCAAGAAAAGAUCAUUGGUUAAAGAAGACGAUCAUGGGUCGGAAAAACAAGCUAAUGACAACCGAGUCCUAGUUGUGUUGGAUGAUGUCUCUGAAGCAAACCAGCUUAGAAAUAUGGGCAUUGUCAGAGAACGCUUUGAAGAAGGGAGCAGGAUAAUCGUUACAAGUAGAAAUGUGAACGCGUUGCAAGAUUAUUUUGAGUUAUAUGAGGCAGAGAAGCUUGAUCCAGGGGAAUCACUUGAACUUUUUAGCAUACAUGCUUUAGGAAGAACUGUCCCUACAGAAGAGUUUCUGGAUGUUUCUGAGAAGAUUGUUUCUUUAACAGAUGGACUUCCUCUGGCUUUAGAAGUGUUUGGUUCUUCCUUGAUUAAGAAACCAGAAAAGGAGUGGGAAGAUGCUCUGAAGAAAUACGAAGAAAUUCGACCACCUAAUCUUCAACAUGUGCUGAGAUUCAGUUAUGAAGGUCUUGACGAACAAGAGAAAAAUGUAUUCCUCGACAUAUCGUGCCUGUUGAUUCAAAUGAAGAUGAAAAGAGAGGAUGUUGUUGACAUUCUAGAUGGUUGUGGAUUGAGGGCUGAGUUAGCAAUUGGUAACCUUGUCACAAAAUCACUCCUGAAGAUAACAACAGGCAAUACUGAAUUGUGGAUGCAUGAUCAAAUUCGGGAUAUGGGAAGGCAAAUUGUUACAGAGGAGAACUUUGAUGAUACUGGGAAACGUAGCAGACUGUGGGACUCUCAAGACAUAAUGCAUGUCUUGCGUCGUAAGAAAGUAACAGAAGCUGUACGAGGAAUGGUUCUGGACAUCAGAAAGCCUCCAAACUCCCAUGAUAAAGUAUCAUAUUGGAACAGGUUCAUAAGUUAUCCUAAUAUCAAUACCUUCACCAAUUGCGUGAAAGACAAAUUUGAGGGAAUUAUUUCGCGGCACAAACCAGAAGAAGAUGACAACUUAACUCUUCAAACAAAUUGGUUUAAGAAAAUGGUACACCUGAAACUGCUUCAAAUGAAUAAUACGAAAUUGGAAGGAGAUUUCAAAUAUAUGUCCUCUGAGCUGAGGUGGCUGCAAUGGAGAGGAUGUUCUCAAAAGACACUUCCUGAUAAUUUACCAGAGGAAAUCCGUGUGCUUGAUCUUUCAGGAAGCAAAAUUGAACGUUUGUGGUGCUCAGAUCGCUCAUUUUGGGGUUUCAACAAGGUGGCUGGGAACUUGGUGGUGAUAAAUCUUUCGAGCUGCUACAGCCUAACUGAUCUUCCUGACAUUUCUAGACAUAGACAUUUGAAGAAACUCACACUUGAGCGUUGUAUAGGAUUGACUAAAAUUCAUGAUUCAGUUGGAAACAUGAGUUCUCUAGUUCACUUGAACCUAAGAGAUUGCACAAAGUUGGUUGAGUUUCCAAGAGAUGUGACGGGGAUGAAAGGCCUCAAGGAGUUGAUCCUAUCUAAUUGCUCAGAAUUCAAAGGACUACCAAACGAUGUUCGCAGCAUGAAGUCUUUGAUCCAACUACAUCUUGAUGGAACAUCAAUAACUGAUCUGCCUUCAUAUUUAUUUCACCUUACACAGCUUCAAGAGCUUAAUCUGCAUAGUUGUUCCAUGAUAACAAGUCUGCCUAAGGAGAUAGGCUCUUUAACUUGUCUAAAAAAGUUAUCUCUAUCUCAUACUAAUGUUGAAGAGUUACCUGAUUCUCUUGGAUACUUGACAAGUCUUGAGAAACUAGAUUUAAUACAUUGUUCCUCGCUUACAGUUCUUCCUGAGUCGGUGGGAAAGAUGAAGUCUUUGACUGAGCUGAUCCUUAAUAGCAGUUCGAUCCAGAAACUUCCUGCAUCUAUUUGUUCACUAUCCUAUCUUAAAGUGUUAUCACUUGCAGGAUGCUCUUCUCUUGUCAAGCUUCCUAUUUCAGUAAAAGGAUUAUCUUCUCUUGUGAAUCUGGAUCUAAGUGAUACCCCGAUAAAAGCAUUGCCAGAUGAUAUAUGUUCCUUGAAAUUUAUUGAGAAGAUCCAGAUGACUGAUUGCAAAUUCCUUGAAAAACUACCAGAAUCAAUCGGGAAUAUGUCAAAUCUUACUACCCUCAUUGUUCAAGGUGCUGAGUUAACACACCUUCCAAAGUCCAUAGGGGAUUUGGAAAAUCUUAGGUUGUUAAACUUGAAUAACUGUCAAAAGCUAAGCAGCCUACCUGAUUCUAUUGGAUCAUUGAGGUCAUUGCUUACAUUAAUGAUGCAGGAAACUGGUGUGACCUGUUUGCCUGAAACAUUUGGGUCGCUUCAUGAAUUAAGGGUAUUGAAAAUGAAGAAGUCGUCGUCCAAUGAACUUGCAAGGCUUAGUCAACUUCCUGCUUCUUUCAGCAAGCUUUCGAAUUUGGAAGAAUUCGAUGCUCAGGCAUGCGGAAUCAGUGGUCAGAUAAAUGAUGAUUUUGACAAGUUAUCCAAGUUGCAGAUAUUGAACCUUGGUUACAAUAAUUUCCACAGCCUUCCUUCCACAUUGGAGGGCCUUUGUGUUCUAAAGAAGCUAAUACUACGGCAAUGCGUAGAGCUGAGGUCUCUGCCUUUACUUCCUUCAACUUUAGUGGAACUAAAUGCUGCAGAUUGUCAUCAACUAGUGAGUAUACACGACCUCUCUAAUCUUGGGAGAUUACAAGAACUACGACUUGCAAAUUGCAACAAAGUGGUGGAUGUUCCAGGUCUUGAAUGUUUGAAGUCUUUGAGAUGGUUGUUUAUGGGGGGCUGUAAUAAUGCUAUUGCAUCAGCUGUUCGGGGUAGACUAAGCAAGGAAUCUUUGAGGAAGUUGAACAAUUUGAGUGUUCCAGGGAGUGAAAUUCCAGACUGGUUUUCUCAAACAGCUGUGAAUUUUGUAAAUCAUCCAAACCUUGCAAUAAAAAAUGUGAUAGUUGGUGUUGUGCUCUCUGUGGAUAUCCAAGUAUUAGAUGACAUACGAGCUAAAUUACCAGCAAUCGUUGAUAUUCAGGCUAGUAUUUUCAGACACGGAACAUGGAUUUUCCGUACCACACUCUACUUAUUGGGAGUCCCAUGUACACAAGAAGAUCAGCUCUAUCUGUGCAGACACAAGGCAUACAAUCCCUUGGUUAGUUUAUUAGAAGUAGGCGAUAUAAUACAGGUAGAGUGGAAGUCAGGACCAGUUGAUGGGAUUCAGCUAAGAAGUUGGGGAAUCCAUCUUGUUUAUGAAAAUGAUGAUGAUUUUGAAGGAAAUGAGGAUUCACUGUCAUUGGUGGACAGCCAGCAGUCUGUAUCACAGAAGCUGGUCAAGUUUUUACGCUCCACGGAUUAAUAUAUGAUGACAGAAUUUUCUGCAGUUGUAUUUGCAGCGCGCAAGAAUCAGGAUUUUGCAGGAUUAUGCCCAUAAUCUGCUCAUCAGUCCAUAGAUUAUGUACUGAGUGUGCCAUUAUAAAUCUACCAUGUGUUCUAGAGACGAGGACAUCAAGAUGGUUGUGGGCCGGACCAGGCCGGUGUUGUGCCGAACCGGGCCAAAAAGUUCAAAACAGGGUCAGGCGCAUGGGCCAUCGUGCUUAAGCAUCAUUUUACUAAAUUUGGCGUGUUUUGUCGUUGUCCUUAUCAUGUUUUUUUCAAAAGAAAUGCGGCAUAAGUCAGACCCACAACUUUGUACUCGUGUCGGAUCGUGUUUUUUUUCGUGCCCAUGCCGAGGCGGGCCUUUUUAGUGUUGUGUCGGGCUUGGCAAACUUGACAGAUUCCGUUAAGAGGUGGUGAUUUUGAAAAUGUUUAUAUUUUUAAGGUGAUGAUUUAAAAUACGAAACUUAUAAAGUGAUAAUUACCGAAAAAAACAUCCUUACUUUAUUCUUUA